CUCCAGACAGACAGACAGACAGACAGACAGACAGACAGACAGACAGACAGACAGACAGGUCUAACUCUUGGCCUUCAUCACCAUCAUCAUCAUCAUCAUCAUCCUCAGAGGAAGACGGACAGGGAGCCCCCUGACCCCUCGCCCCACCGGGUCGCCAUGGCAACGGUCAUCUGCACUCGUUUCACCGAAGAGUUUCAGCUGUACGAAGAGCUGGGCAAGGGAGCGUUUUCAGUGGUGCGGCGCUGUGUGAAGGUGCUGUCGGGCCAGGAGUAUGCCGCCAAGAUCAUCAACACCAAGAAACUGUCUGCCAGAGAUCAUCAGAAGUUGGACCGCGAAGCUCGAAUCUGUCGUUUAUUGAAGCACCCAAAUAUUGUUCGGCUACAUGACAGCAUCUCAGAGGAGCUGCAUCAUUACCUCAUCUUUGACCUGGUAACAGGUGGAGAGUUAUUUGAAGAUAUUGUAGCCAGAGAAUAUUACAGCGAAGCUGACGCCAGUCACUGUAUCCAGCAGAUUCUGGAGGCGGUGCUACACUGUCACCAGAUGGGCGUGGUCCACCGAGACCUGAAGCCAGAGAACCUGCUGCUGGCCUCGAAGUCUAAAGGAGCGGCGGUGAAACUGGCCGAUUUCGGCCUUGCCAUCGAGGUGGAGGGAGACCAGCAGGCCUGGUUUGGCUUCGCGGGGACCCCAGGUUAUCUGUCCCCGGAGGUUUUGAGGAAGGACCCGUACGGCAAAGCAGUCGACCUCUGGGCCUGUGGUGUGAUUCUUUACAUCUUAUUGGUCGGUUAUCCUCCGUUCUGGGAUGAAGAUCAACAUCGUCUCUACCAGCAGAUCAAAGCUGGAGCGUACGAUUUUCCGUCUCCUGAAUGGGACACGGUGACUCCUGAAGCCAAAGAUCUCAUUAACAAGAUGUUGACCAUCAAUCCGUCUAAAAGGAUCACAGCAGCCGAGGCGCUCAAACACCCCUGGAUCUCUCAUCGCUCCACGGUGGCGUCCUGUAUGCACAGACAGGAGACGGUCGAGUGUCUGAAGAAGUUCAACGCCAGGAGGAAACUCAAGGGAGCCAUCCUCACCACCAUGUUGGCCACCAGGAAUUUCUCCGGAGGAAAGAGUGGUAAGAAGGCCGACGGGGUCAAGGAAUCAUCUGAGAGCACAAACACCACCAUCGAGGAUGAAGAUACCAGAGUGAGGAAACAAGACAUCAUUAAGGUGACGGAGCAGCUCAUCGAGGCGAUCAGCAACGGAGACUUUGAGAGCUACACUAAGAUGUGUGACCCGGCAGUGACGGCGUUCGAGCCCGAGGCGUUGGGGAAUCUGGUCGAAGGACUCGACUUCCACCGCUUUUAUUUUGAAAACUUGUGGUCUAAGAACAGUAAACCGGUCCACACCACCAUCCUGAACCCUCACAUCCACCUGGUGGGAGACGAGGCCGCCUGCAUCGCCUACAUCAGAGUGACUCAGUACAUCGACGCCAACGGGACGCCUCGCACCGCCCAAUCAGAGGAGACCAGGGUGUGGCACCGCCGCGACGGGAAGUGGCAGAUCGUCCACUUCCACCGCUCAGGCUCCGCCUCCACGCUCAACAACUAACUUCCAAAGCGGGCGGGUCUUUGACGGGUCCCCCGUUGCCUUGACGACUGAUUGAUUGACAGCAGGUCAGGCGUGUGACACCAGACAGGAAGUUUGAGAGGAGACGAGGGGGCGGGGCCAGAGAGCAGUGAACUGUACGAUCGACCAAUCAGCUUCCUCUUCUCGGCUCCUUUGGACUUCAGCCACGCCCCCUCGUGUGAUCAGCCAAUCAGCUGCUCAGAUUGUAAUAACGUGUGAAAACCUCUUAUCUCCUCCGUCGGGAUGAUUGACAGGACCGACUUCACAUCUGGCUCCCUAAAAUACCUUUCAUUAGUCUUUAAUUAGUUCUUGAUUAGUCUUGAAUUAGCCUUUCAUUAGUCUUUAAUUAGUUCUUAAUUAGUUCUUAAUUGGUCUUUAAUUAGUCUUUAAUUAGCCUUCAUUAGCCCAUAAUUAGUUUAAUCCCUAUAGUUAAUUUCCCUCUGAAAACAUCUCAUUUUAAAAGCUCUUAAUUAACAAAUAAAGUAGAUUUUUAAGAGGAACAUUUUCCCAUUAAUAAAUGCAUCGUUAAUUAAUAUGUGACACUUAUUAAUACACAGUAUUCAGAUAUUUAACAGCUUUAACAGUUUAAAGAUACAUUAAUGGACUGAAAUGUAUUAAUGGGGUUUUAAUAGGUCUUCUGCAUCAAUUAAGGGAUUUUUAAGGGGUCAAAUUUACCUUAAUUAUUAUAAAAUAAUGUUACAUGUUAAUUAAUUAAUGGGGACUCUUUUAUUAAAUCGAGAUGUAAGUUUAGUUGAAUUUGAGGAUAAUUGAUACGACGGCGUAUCGGGCCAUUGUAGGUCAAAUAAAACAUAAUUAUAGGAUAUUAUUAUAUAUAAUAAUAUUCAGAGGGAGUACUGGAUACUCUCUGAAUAUUAUUAUAUAUAAUAAUAUUUGUUGUCUUUUGUCUCGUAAAUCUUUAGUUUUUUGCAACUUUAAAUUCAGAGAACAUCCAAUUUUUUUUUCUCGUAACAUUGUUAGGUAUUUUUUCUCCUUAAUUUUUAGUUUUUUUCUCGUUAAUUUACCACUUUAAUUUCAGAGAAUAUCCUAUUUUUUCCUAGUAAUAUUAUAUUAAUGGCCCCUGUAAUUUUGUUUUUUUUACCUACAAUGGCCCUAUAAUAUAAAAUAUAUAAUAAUAAUAAUCUGUUGAAAAUUCAUGAUGGAUGCGUGAAUUAUUAUAUUAUACUAAGAGGUUUUUUAAUGCCAAUAACUUAAUAUAUUAGGAUCCAUUAAUUCAUUCAUUAAUAUCCCAUUAAAACACUAAUAAUGAAGUUAUGACAUUGAACCUGCAGCGUCUCUGAAACAUCAUGAAACAGAUCAAAUGUAAUAUUUAAUAUUUCUUAAUAUUCUAACGAGCAGUUCAGUGAAAUGAGGUUUGGACGUUCAUCUCUCUGCUUCCAUCGGGCUCGGAGAGCGCCGCCACCUUCCACCGCUCUCCGACCUGCAAUCUUCCAUGAACAGCCACGCCUCCAUCCCCCCGACAGGUGUCCUAACGAGGAGGGCCUUAACGAGGUACCUUAACGAACUGCAGAAGAAACUUUACAACAUGUUUGUGAGAGGAGGAAGGAAGUAGGAAAGGAAGGAAGGAGACAUGAGGAGGACAGACGAAGCUCCCUGAUUCUGUUUUAGCUCCUAAAUCCAAAAUAAAGUUCAACCUAACUGAAGUUUAAAAAAAAGGAUUUAAAGAAUGUAAAUACAUUAUUAAUUACAUUAAAUUAAAUAAAACAGAAUCAGAGAGUCGUUUCUGGACCUCCGUUAGUCACAUUGUUGGUCCGUUUGGGGAUGCAGAAUGGCGCCGACUCUUGAUUGUUUUCAGAAGUAAAAAAAAAUGCACAGAGUAAAAUCAGUGAUGCUUAGACGGCCAAUCAGAAUCACCGACACAAUCACCUGUCAUCUGUCACCGGGACCGACCUUCAAAACGCUCAUCAGUACGGAGGCCCAGAAGGGACACAAUAACUGACACAAGUUUACAUGAAUAUAAAAAAUUUUAAUAAUGUGAAUUAAAUAUUUUAUAAAACAUACUUUUUUUUAAGGUUGUAAUUGAUUUUAGAGAAACAAACAGAAGUUGUUCAUCCUUCAGAUUUGGACAUUAAACGGUGAACAAAAACAUACAUUUUAACGGUUAUUAACAAUAACUAUAUGCUAAAAAAACAAAAGACAUGUAUGUCUUCAUAUACGUUAUGCUGUUUACAUUUGAACAGAAACAUGAUUUAAUUCAUGUAUUUCAUUCCUGUUGGUGUUUCUUUUUUGCAAAUAGUAUUUUAAAUUUACCACUUUAAUCUGACAGAAUAUCCAAAUCUUUUUCUUGUUAAUUUACCAAUUUAAAUAUCCGAUGUUUUUUUGUAAUUCUUUGGGGGGGUUUUCUCGUUAAUUUAGUUAACUCGUUAAUAAGUAUUUUAUUGAUUUUUUUUUACAUGAACAUUGUCACAUUUUGAUCAACAAAUCAAAUAACUCCUAUAUGCAAAAUAAUAAUAUAAAAAUAAAGUAUUUACAAAAUCAUAAUAAAAGGGACAUAAAUCAAACACAUAUUCCGACAUUGAUCUGCACCGUGAUCUAGUCUCAUUUACAAGCAGCAGAUUAAUGUUGAGACACUUCCUGUUGGUGUUUUUUUGUCUCCUCUGAGCCUCCGUACUUCAGGACACUCUGGCGGUGGUGUCGGUGUGUCGGCGGCGUGGUCGCUGUGUGAAACCUCAUAUCUCUGUUUGCUUUCCUUUUUUAAUGAUAUAUAAUAACUGGUGAAGCCGCCCGUGUUCUGCGGUUCAGUCGGUGAAUUCUGUUCCAGGAGAUUUGAGGUUUUGUGGGAAACUAAAUCGUGUGAUUUGUUGUUGAGUUCUGUACGGAGAGCUCGUGUUUCUUCCUCCUCAGUGCUUCAGUGUUUCUGUACAGACGAUGUGAUUUUCUGCAUGCAGGACUUGACUUUGUGUUUUGUGUUUUCUGCUUUCUGCCUUUUUGUUCGCCGGCUCUCCGGUGACACGACUCUGACUUGUUAGCUUUGUUAGCAUUCCUCACCGGGAGCAAUGGUGUCUGCUAGCCGCGAGCUAACAAACCGCCGGCUCUUUGAUAUUCUGCGACUUUUGACCCGUUGGUGUUCGUCUCAGAAGCUUCAAGCUGCUUUUUACCGUCGGGAGAAUGUAGAACUUUGUACAAUCACAUUAUUACUUUCAUAUUAUUAUUAUAGAUAUAUAUGGUAUUUGUAUAUUUAAAAGCUUUUUAAUGUUGGAAUCAGACGUGCCGUUGCUCGCCGUGUGUAGAGAACGCAUCGUGUUUUAUGAGCUUCAUUCUUUUCUCAGUAUGAUGUGUAUUAUAGCGAGUGACUCCUGGUCCUCUAAUAGCAACCGCUGAACGUGUUCGCCACAGCGCCGCUAUCCUUUAAUUUACUCCACAUCUUGGUGCCAUUUGGCGUCCCCGCUCUAAUAACUGUUGGAUUGGAUGGAUUAUGAAUUAUUAAUUCUAUUGAGCUCAGAAUCCGUCCGAUCACUCGUCACCAGACUCUGUUCAGAUUUUCAGUGAUUUUAAAAUCAGGAUUUCAGGAAAUCAGCUCCGACUAAACACAAAUAAUCAUUUCAAAUAUUAAUAGUAUUCAGUUUUUUUGUUUUUUCUCAUUAAUUUACUAAUUUAUUCUCAAAGAAUAUCCAAGUUUUUUUCUAAUUAAUUUAAUUAUUUUUUCUCGUUAAUUUACUACUUUAUAAUCAGAGAAUAUCCGAGACUUUGGCACGUAUGUUAUUUAUUUUUUUCUUGUUGAUUUAUCAUUUUGUUUUCAGAGAAUAUCCAAUUUUUUUCUCGUAAAUUUGUUAUUUUUUUGUUUUUUUCCCGUUAAUUCACCCCCAAUUUUUUUUGUCACAAUUUUACCGGAAAUAUUCGUAUUUCUUUGCACAAAUCAGCUCCGACAUAAACACAAAUAAUGCAUCUGAAAUAUUUAUAUUAUUAAUCAAAUUAAAAUAUUCAGUCUUUCAGCUUGUUUAACGCUGUGAUGUUUGAAACACACAUUAAAAUAAAGGUUAUAAUAUUAUAAUAUAUAUAUAUAAUAUUGAGUUUCAGCCUCAUCAUAAACAGUGUGAACACAGUCGGGACUCCAAAUGGCGCCUGCAGAGUGAAUGGCUGUUUUCUAGUGUGUGUUUUCUAAAGCAACAAACUCCACUUUGACCUUUUAAGACACUUGAAAGUUUGAUUUAUCCGUGCUGAGAGGAGAUAUCUGCGAUGUCAUUUUUUAAGAGUGUUUUUGGUGUUUUUGCUUGAAACUGAAACUGAAGAAUCUUAAAGCAGAUUUCACUUCGUUAUUCUAAUGGACAGAUGUUGUUCCUGUUUUUACCAGAUGUUCAGUGGCUGCUGUGUAUUUUAUCUUCAUGACCUUAAAGCAGCGACGUCCAACCUGCAGACGACUCGUUCGUCUGCUGUUUGAUCCACGGUUGGACGUCUACCUGCAGCCUCACCUGAGAGCUCGUUAGUCACCUGACGGGAAACAGCAGCGGGACGGAAACUGUUAGCAUUGUUAGCAUGGUUAGCAUUCAUUAGCCCCCCCCCCCUCUGGCCACAAGAUAUCAGGUUCUCAACAAGCUAACGUGCUAAUUUGUGGCUAACAGCAUGCACUGGUUACAGUUAGGAAUGCUAAACGCCAACAGUGCUAUCGAACUGACUCAGCGUCUUCACGACUGAUACCUUAAACCUUAAAGUUGUUUGUUUUAAACUAUUAUUAUUAUUAUUAUAAUUAUUAUAAUUAAUAUUAUUAUUAUUAUAAUUAUUAUAAUUAUUAUUAUUAUUAUUAUUAUUUAUUUAUUUAGUUUGUUUUUAUGCACAUAAAUAAUUGUCUGGCUGUUUCAGGAGCGUUUACGCCAAAAACAUUUCAAAGUAAAUUCCAUAAAUUUUAACUGAAGUCUGGUUUGUUGACAGAAACAACUAAUCCCCCGACUGUAUAUAUAUAUAUCCUUUAAAUGCUAUUUUAAAUCUAUUCAAUGUCACAUAUUUAAUUUAGGUGGAAAAUAUAAAUUAAUUUUCUUUAGUUUUUGCAUCAAAGUUUUGGAAUAUUAAUAAAUAUAUCGAUCAGCCUUAGAAAGGGGGAAAUAUGUGUGUAAAUAUAAACUCUUAAUGUCAUUAAACCCCCAAAUCUCUCAGAAAUAUGACAUGAAAAAAAACAAUAUUUCAUUAUUGUAUUUAUUAAUUUAAGUGUUCAGUUAUAUUUAGUGUCUCUGCUCUCAGGUUUAUUAUUUUUUGGUUGAGAAUAAAAAAAAAUAUAUAUAUAUAUUAUUUUAUUUUGAGAUGAAUUAAAAUGUUAAGAUAUUUAGUCUAAAAUAAAUAAUCUGCCUUAAAACUGUUGUAAUAAUAAGUGAGUAAUAAUAGAAUGUAAACAGACAGGAACUCAGGUACCAACCAGACUCUGUACACUUUUUGGGGUAUUUAAAGAAACGGCAACAUUUCAGAUCAGAUUUAUUCUUUAAAGUCUUCAGUUGUGUUUCUUUAUUGAACCUGUAAUUAGAUUAAAGGUCGGUGUCAGUCUGAAGCUCACUGGGUUUAUUGAUCGGUUGGUUUUUUUCCUUCCAGAAACAGAAAUGAAAAUAAAAACACUUAAUUAAUUAAUAAAAUAAAGAAACAUUCAUGUUUUCAUUUCUGUCUGAGGGAAUAAAACGCAGCAGUCGGUCUGACAGGGUCCUGCUGUUUCCGGCUGUUUCCAGCUGUUUCCGGCUGUUUCCCGUCCACCAUGUUCACGCUCUGCACAAUCAAUAAUCAGUGAUCAAUAAUCGGCUUUUUCUACUAUGAUGGAUAUUGUACUGUACUGUAUUAACUGACUCCAGCGCUGCAUGCUCGGUGUGAGAGAGAGAGAGUGAUUUUAAUCUUUUUUUCUUUUGUAGUUUUUUGGAGUAUUUCUUCUUCUUCUGCAUCGUGUUCAAAGUGUUUCUGUAAAUAAACAGGUGGUCAAACGCUGCCCUCUGAUUGGUCUGUUCUCACCGUCGUCAAACUCCGUAAACUUCAUUUUAUUAUCACACAAAUAAAACGUUCAAUACUG